CACCGGGCACCGGCCGCCGCCACCUCCAUCCAGCCCGGGCCCCCCGCCAGCCUGGACACCGACACUCCGGCCGCUGCGGCGGCGGCGGGCGCAUCCUGGUUCAUAACACUGAAACUCCAGUUUCCAAGAUGAAGUUUUUAUUGGCAAUCUCCUUUUUUAUUUUAAUGUCCUUGUGGGUUGAAGAAGCCUUUGCUAAAGAAAAGUCUUCCAAGAAAGGGAAGGGCAAAAAGAAGCAGUAUCUGUGCCCAUCCCAGCAGUCAGCAGAGGACCUAGCACGAGUGCCUGCCAACUCCACCAGCAACAUACUGAACCGACUGCUGGUCAGUUAUGAUCCUAGGAUAAGACCCAAUUUCAAAGGCAUUCCUGUUGAUGUCGUAGUCAACAUUUUUAUUAACAGUUUUGGAUCCAUUCAAGAGACCACAAUGGACUAUAGAGUUAACAUUUUCCUGAGACAGAAAUGGAAUGACCCGCGGCUGAAGCUCCCUAGUGACUUCAGAGGCUCUGACGCACUGACAGUGGACCCCACGAUGUACAAGUGCUUGUGGAAGCCGGAUUUAUUUUUCGCAAAUGAAAAAAGUGCCAAUUUCCAUGAUGUAACCCAGGAAAAUAUCCUUCUGUUUAUUUUCCGGGAUGGAGAUGUCCUUGUGAGCAUGAGGUUAUCUAUUACUCUUUCAUGCCCUUUGGACUUGACUUUAUUUCCCAUGGAUACACAACGGUGCAAGAUGCAGCUUGAGAGCUUUGGUUACACGACUGAUGAUUUGAGAUUCAUCUGGCAGUCAGGCGAUCCUGUUCAGUUGGAAAAAAUUGCUUUGCCUCAGUUCGAUAUUAAAAAGGAAGAUAUUGAGUAUGGAAACUGCACCAAAUAUUAUAAAGGGACUGGCUACUACACCUGUGUGGAAGUCAUCUUCACCCUGCGGAGACAGGUCGGGUUUUACAUGAUGGGCGUCUACGCACCAACCCUGCUGAUCGUGGUCCUCUCCUGGCUUUCCUUCUGGAUCAAUCCUGAUGCCAGUGCCGCCAGGGUGCCCCUGGGCAUCUUCUCGGUGCUGAGCUUGGCCUCUGAGUGCACCACCCUGGCGGCCGAGCUGCCCAAGGUGUCCUACGUGAAGGCGCUGGACGUGUGGCUCAUUGCCUGCCUGCUCUUCGGGUUUGCGUCCCUGGUGGAGUAUGCAGUGGUCCAGGUGAUGUUGAACAACCCCAAGAGAGUCGAAGCAGAAAAAGCCAGAAUUGCUAAGGCUGAGCAGGCCGAGGGAAAAGGCGGGAAUACAGCGAAGAAGAACCCGGUGAACGGCGCGGGGACCCCGGUCCACAUCAGCACUUUGCAGGUUGGCGAGACCAGGUGCAAAAAGGUGUGUACUUCCAAGUCUGAUCUGAGAUCGAAUGACUUUAGCAUCGUUGGAAGUUUACCAAGAGAUUUUGAACUAUCCAAUUAUGACUGCUAUGGAAAGCCCAUUGAAGUCAACAAUGGGCUUGGCAAGUCACAGGCGAAGAACAACAAAAAGCCACCCCCUGCCAAACCUGUCAUCCCCACAGCGGCGAAGCGCAUCGACCUCUACGCCAGAGCGCUGUUUCCCUUCUGCUUCCUCUUCUUCAAUGUAAUCUAUUGGUCUAUAUACUUAUGAUGCAGCUUUUCAUCUUGUAUAAAAUAAAUGCCGUUUCAUUGUGAUCAAUCCAACUCAUAAUUGCCAAUCUGUGAAAACUUUUGCAUUUUCAUAGCAAUAUAUUGCAUUUGGGAUGUCACUCAAUUAUAAUAAAAUGUGCACCUUACUUUUGAAUGGCAGCAUGAUCUCGUAAUGUCUGUACUCCAAUAAUGGUGUAUAAUAUGUAUAGUGAACAUUUUGCUUUAGGAAUAAGUAAAUAGUAAGCAUAACACAUAAUAUACAUGAUAUCUCUUCAGUCAGUAUAAACUGCAAAUGCUUCUGAUAAUCCUGGUUUUAAAAAAUGAUGUGCACGCUGACUCUUGUCCAGGUUACAAUUUCAAUGUAUGUAGUAUUUUAAAUUUCAUUCCUUGUAACUUUCAAAGAAAGUCAUCUUAUUCUUGUAUAAUUUUAGAUUGUAUUUAUCCCAGAUUAAGUCAAAUCAUAUAGCAUAUUGUUUAAACUUUGUAAGUAGAAAUAUAUUAGUAAUAACUAUUCAGGCUCUAUGGAGACAUAAAUUUUAAAAAUAUGAAUCAGCUCAUUAUAAAGUGUGCCAGCAUUGAAAAAAUUCCAGAUCAUAAGACCUAAUAAGUAUUUUGGAAAGAGAGACAUCUUGACCUUUAUAAAUGCAUACUGAAUUCUGUACCUGAUGAAGUAAAAAUAAAUAUAGUAUAGAUUAUCCAUAAGUAUUUUGGAUAAAAAUUAAUUAGUCCAUCUAUAAACUGAACUAUAUUUUCAUUAAUUUUAUUUGUUGAUACAGAAUACAUAAUAUCAUGCCUUAAAAAGUUAUAUGUAUUUUAAGUCUGAAUGCAGAAAAUGAUGUGUAUUUUCAUGUCACUUUUAGAAAUCCAAGAGGAAUUACUAAAAGUAUCUUGAUAUGGAAAAAUUAACCAAUCAUUAGAGGACUUAGGUUUUUUUUUUCAUUUUAUUAAAAUGCUUACAUAUUUCAAGUAAAAUGCAAAAUGUUUCCUGAAUUUGUUUCUUGUUUAUUUGAAUGUUUUGGAUAUGAUACAAAAUCCUGAGUAAGUAAAUAAUAUUUUUGUUCAUGUUAAA